GUGGACUCGCCCGGCGCCAUGGGUGCAUGCGUCGCUUGGGACGGGACGGGAGCCAGGACAGGACAGCCAGCAGUGCAGACUCCGAGGUCAACACGAAGACUACAAGGGUCGAGCCCAUGAGUAUAAAAAAAGAGCCACGAACGUCCAACGAACAGCUCACGCUCAGUCUCAGAGCAGAGCGGCCGUGUACCGUCCGAGCGUUCCCACACCUGUCCCGGCCUCGUCCGCUACAUACUCGAGCAGAUCUCCCCGUUUCCACACACCACGCACGGUACAGUAGCACCAGUGUCCCGUCGCCUCUCCUCACACAGCUCGCCGGAUGCGUCGCCGGAUUGCCGCCGCCGCGGCCCUCCUGGUCCUGGUCCUGGCCCUGUCCUGCGCGGUCUCCGCAGGUCGCCGGUCGCCGCCUCCUCCAGUGCUGCCGCGAGGUGGCGGUGGCGACGCCGUGCUGCGUGAAGGGACGGCGCUGGCGGCCGUGGGGGGCGCGAGGCGGUUGGGGCAGAGGACGCCGGAUUCCUCCCCGGCCGCCGCCGCGCCGACCGAGGCUUCGGCCCCGCCGCUCGAAGACUGCCUCCGCCUCCUCCGCGGCGAGCGCGACGAGCAGAAGCUGGCGGGCCUCCUCAUCGCCGCCAACGUCUGCCGCGCCGGCGACGCCGCCGCCGUCGCCCAGGUCUACCGCGCCGUCGGGCCCCGGUUCCUCCGCCGCCUCCUGAACACCGGGCUGGGGAAGGUGGAGGGCGGGAAGGAGGAGGAGCGGGAGGCGUACCUGCGGCUCGCCGUGACCGUGCUUGCCGGGCUCGCGCGCGCCCCGGAGGUUGCGGCCGACGCCGGGGUCGUCUCCACCGUGCCCAUCAUCGCCGAGGUUGUUUCCAAAUCGCCUGAUCUGACAAUCACUGAAGAAUGUUUCGAACUUCUAUCGCUGGUUGCCAUAGCCUCUAAAGAUGGGACAUAUAAGUUUUGUGAGCCUGGAGUUAUGGACAUGCUUUUCAGUCAAAUCUCCAACUUUCCAGAUGGUUCAAGGUGCUUAGAGCUUUCCACUCAUCUAUUGCAGUUACUUGUUCAUAAACUCAGAGCAGACAACAUGAGUGUGGAGAACUUGCAAGGCAUGGCAAGCAUGGUGACUUCUCUUGCUAUGCUUUUUGGUGUACUUCAUACGGCAGUUAAAUUUGAAUCGCUGCACAUGCUUGCGACACUCCUUUCCCAAAAGGAAUCUCCACUUCAUGAUGCUUUGAGGUCAAUGCCAUCCACAAUCUGGAAAUCCCAUAUCCGUGGUGGGAUUAUAGACGUUCUCCAAAACCGUGUUGUAUCCUCCGAAAAGCUACAAGCUCUUCUUUUGGCGGAAUGCAUGAUGUCCAUACUAGGCGAGAAUUGGUUGUCAGAAGAUCAUAAAAUCCUCGAUAACAAGAAUGCGAUCUCCGUUGACAAAUUUGUCCUGCUAGUCCUACAAUCUGCAAGAGUUGAAGUUGCGGUCCUUCUAAACGAACUUGCUUUUUCGAAAUACGAGUCAUCAAAAAGUUCUCAGACAGAUGAUGCCAUCAUCCAGAAACAGAGAAACCUGGCUAUAUUGUUUUCACUGAUAGAAAGAAUAAUCAAAAUGAUAUCAGAUGCCAGUAGUGGUGAAGGUGAACCAAGUCAGACCAUCUGUGAAAAGACCAUAAUGCAGGUAAUUACGGGAUUAAAUGAGACAAUCAGUUUAGUGUUGGACUUCCUGCAGGAUGCAAAGGAUCAUGGGCAAAGGAAAGGUGAUGAUCUUUUGGCAGCUGUGAGAAUAGUAGGAAGCUAUCUGGCAGAGACACCAUAUGCCUGCCAGGAGAAGACUGGUCAUCUACUGGAAUUUAUCUUUUCUAUCGAAGGUCAAGAUGAAUCAAGCCCCUUCUAUUCUGUUCGCUUCAUGCUUCCAAUGCUAUCACAAAUAACGACGACAGCUGAUGGAUGUAGAACGUUGGUGUCAUUUGGAGGCUAUAAAGCAGUUAUAGACUGCCUCAUUAAAAUGACGGAGGAGAAUGGAAUGAUGAUCGAUGAUGGUAGCAUGUUUUUGGCAUGUGAUACUAUCAUAAACAUUAUGUCAAAUAGGAAGAAUUAUCCUAUUCAAAUGGAGCCUUGUUUCAUCCGCCUCUUGCAAGCACUUAUUACAUGGGCUGUAAGCGUGGCAAAUCCUUGUGACCAUGAGGUCAUGGGUUUGAGUCCUGUAAACAGCCUCUUGCAGAAAUGCAGGGAAAGGCUGCGUACAAAAGACCCAAAGUGGUCGGACCCUUCCCCGGACCCUACGCAAGUGGGAGGAACAACAGAUGCUUCAUCAGUCAUCAUGACAGCCUCCAGCUUAUGCACGAUGGUGAUGGAGUUGACAUCUGAAGAGUUCCUCUUGAGCUUCUCUGGUUUUGACCCCAAGACCCUUGGGAGUUUAUCUGACCUCAUUGUCAGAAGCUUGCGUCAGGAUAUCCCUGACGAAGAUAGAGAACAGCUUAACCAAAAGCAAAUCAUUGCAUCAGGUUAUAGGCGCUGGGCUGAUCGAUUUCCGAGUGUUAGAAAUGUUGUGCAUCAGCAUGCAUCUGUCUGAUCUUGUCUGCCCAAAGAGUUGUCUGCUGUGAAUGAAACCCUGCAGACGGGGAACCCAAAGGGCAAGCGCCCCCUCACGGUUAACCGCUUCCUUGGCGGCCAUUGGUUCUUCUGUGUAUCGCCCGAUGCCCUUACAUGAACACUCGUGCGAGGGCCACGCAGGAUAGGGUUGCAGACUUGUAGCUGGCAUGUGUUUUGCACUAGACUGGAUUACAUGAAGUGGGAGGCUGAGAUGUUAGUACCAUAUAUGUUUUCUCUGCCAUUUGCGAAAAACUGGACUAUUUUGGUGUAACGACGAUGUAUCGUGUGACAUGUUGAGUGUCAAAGAAGUGGCAUUUGUUCGUUCCUUA